UGUAAAGUGUGAGCUGGGGAAUGAGCGAAAAUCCUCACUUGGGUCAUAGUUGCUCAGCGGAACUAGGGGCUUGUUCUGAGGAGGCGCAAUUGGCAAAAGGGGGAACAGAAAGGCGUCUUCAAAAGUAAGAGCGUCUUUCCAACUGCCCCCCCCUCCACCCCGCAAAGUAGGGGACCAGUGAUGCUGAGGCUAGCUCUUUAAAUAAAUGGACUCCUUCUCCGCUCUCUUGGCAACAGCAGGGGUGUUUGUGCUCUGGGACGGAGAUCUCUAACCAGCUAUAUUUAUCUUGUAGCUGUACACACACACACACACACACACACACACACACACACAUUCGCGAGUGGUUCGUCAAUGAGAGUGGGGCAGUUGGCCAGAAGCCCGUGACUGCAGAAACUUUGUUUCGACCUCCCUUGACUUUCAGCUCCGAGUGCAGAUAACAGGGUCUUGCUGCAGAAGAGCAAGAGGCUGGCCCCCUGAGGAUUCCGGGAGGUAUUUCCUUGACUCCAGGGGAAGGGCAGGGGCUGGGUACCAGGUGCAAGAGGAGAUCCCUGAGUGGAAUGGAGUUCCCCAGAAGCCCCAGGCUUGCCACGGAAGAAGGUCUCAGGAGAUUAGAAGAAGAGGAAGAGGGUGAUAAUAGCAGCAAUGUGGUACCGCAGGAGCUGGACUGGCUGCAAAUGUACCUCAACCCGCUACCGGAUGGCUACAUGAAGGCAAAAUUCACUCUGUCAGCCUACCUGGCAUGCUGGCUCAUCCUGAAGCUCUGCAAGAAAGCCUAUGAGCAAAGAUCUCAUUCAUCUAAAGAGACGCCAGAGCCAGCAGAACCCUCAACAGGUGACAUUGAAUUGGAAGACAACCAGCUCCUCUCAUCCACAGUGGACGUAGACAAGCAAGGGUUGAGCCAGGAAACUGAUGAGGAUUAUUUUGAGACUCGGUCUCAUCAGAGUGAGUGUCCAUCGGAUGUAAGAACUGAGCCAUUUGAGAGUGCUUCUGAUACCGACUCACUGCCCAGUGACCUCACAGCAGAAACCUGCUCCAGUUCACGUUUCCUGGUUUGUGAGAAGGAAGCAAUAUGUGAUGUGUCUUCAGAUGCUGGGGCAAUUGAUUCCCCUCAGGAAUUUCAUCUGGCUGAUGCUCAGGGGCUUGGGUCAGAGCAACAGGUGAAAUUGCCUCCUGACUUAAAGGGAUCUACAUGUGGAGGUGAAGUCCUAUUGUCUGUGGAAACUGGAAAAGGACAGACAGAAGAGAUAGAACUGUCCAGCUUAGAGCAAGACUCCGAGUUGCCUUUUGAAUCUCUGCUAGUGACCAUCCCUCUCCAAACAGACAUUGACUCAGAAAGCAGCAGAGAGGGUGGUAGCUUCCCAUCAGCCAAGGGCAUCACAGUGAAGAGUCCUACAGAGAUCUCAGACACUUCUCAUGAGGUACCCACAUCAGAAAACUUCCUGAAUGCUGCAGCAACCUAUCUGUUUCCUUUCUGGUCCUGCAAAUGGAGCCGGAGUUUGUCAGAUAGCACCCUUGAGAAAAAUAGAUUUGAUCUCAAAAGGAACAAAGAGGAAUUGGCAUCCCACCUUUGGCUUGGAUCAGUGCCCCACAUAGGUUGUCCAAGGAGGAAAUUCUAUAAUAGUGAAACCUCUUUAUUUUCAAGAACAAGGAAGAAAGUUCCAGAGAAGAGAAGAGAAACAUACUUGCCCUUAACCCCGCUCUGCCUAAAACUUCCCUAUUGCCCCCCUGUCAAAACCCCUAACUUCUUACAGACUAAACUAUGGCACAGUGUUCCAGAAAAUAUUGGUUCUCAAAGCAAGGGACCUUCAGAAUAUUGCUGUCGGUGUCCAACUACAUUUAGAAGGAUCCAAUCUUUAGCAAGUUUCCCCACAGGAUGUCCUGAGGACCCCACAGGAAAGGACUUUGUUAAGUUUGGGAACCAUUCUAAAGGAGCAAAAAAAGUAGAUCAAGUUCUAAGGAUACACAGCAUUAGUCCUGGUGCCUGCCCAGAUCCUGUGCACAACCAGCUCCUACAUCCACCUACUGCUUUUCAAAGGGGCACUACUGACCCAUGGGAUCAGUCAGAACUCCAUGGUAUUAAUUUAGAAAAGGGCCUGCCUGGGAAAGACCUCAAGCUGAAAGGCUGGUUGGGGCACGAUUCAGAGCAGUGCCAGAUUUCUACACACCCCACGUCAGAGUCAGUGAACAUCAAGGCUGAGAAACUGCCUGGGCCCACCAAUUGCAAGUCUAAACACGACAGAGGAACCCAUGAGUUGCUUCAUGGCACUGAUGCUACCUCCAAAGCUGCCAGUGUGGAUGAUAAACAAAAUCAUCCUGUAGAUAUUUCUGUCAAGACAGGAAAUCAAACUAGUAAUUAUACAGCAAGAGAUAUUCCAAGUGAGAAAAUAAGUCUCUCCACUAACCUCAAACAAAUUGAACUUCAAGCCUCGAGUCAUUGGAGCAAUACUGUGGCCUGGGUAGGAGGUGGAGAUCCCAUGGGGUGUUCUGGACUGAAUCAGAGUCCGGAUGAGCCAGAGACUACACUAAUAUCAAGUGAAAGAGACAUUGCAAAGGAAACGGAUCAGGUUAUGGUAUCCAAUCUCAGCUGUAGUAACAAGGCAUCAGGAGAUCAUUCUAAUGUGACUGGAACCCCUUUGCCAGAAGCCAGCACUGAAGAUGAAACACAUGCUUCUAUAUCCCCUCCAGCUUUUCAGCAGCCUGAGGUCAAGAUAGAAAAAAAUCCCAGGGGCAAAUCAAGUCUCAUCAUUAUAGCUGUAGAGCAGAAAGGUUUGCAGGCUACCAGGCAGAAAGCAAAUCCUACAAAUUCUGUUUCAGAAAUUUGGCCUAAUAAGACUCUUGGAAGCUUCCAGGAUGAAAGUUCUGUGUCAUCCACCAAUGCCAGCUCAGCUUUCUGUGGACUUAGUGGGGCUGAGGAAGUAGAAACAGAUGGCAGUGAGUGUGGGCUACAUGAAUCAACCAUAUUGGAAAGUAAAAAUGACUCUCUGGUUGUGAAUGUGCCAGAAGAGAACACAGACUGGGAAGAACGGGUAGAUGAGGAAACAGCCUUGGAAGUGGCUCAGGAGCCAGAUGCUGCUCCAGAGGAGGAGACCCAGAGUGUUGUUAACUUGCUUUUGGAAGGACCACAAAGAAAUGAUUCAGGCAUCCUAGGGACUGAGUCCUUCCACUCAGAGUGGGUGGAGGGGGAUAUAGAUGAUGGACUGAAUGACCACUCAGAAAGGGAGCUGCCAGUGGAAAGCCAGAAUUCAGGGGCCAGAUUUGAUGCAAAGCAAGUGGAUUUGGCUCCAGAGAAAGAGAAUGAACAUGUCAUCUGUGUGGCUCAUUUGAUUCUGGAGGAGACAGAUGCUACUCAAACAUCUGGUUGUCUGAAUCUCACCGAUGCUGCCUUGGGAGACACCUCUAAUGAAGAGAAGACACCCAAAGGGGAAGGAAAUGAAAGGGAGAGCAAAGACCUGAGGUCGCUGAGCCCUGGUACUGAUUUUCCUAAUACAGAAACCAACCUGAGUUCCAUCUUGGAGGAAGGAGAAACUGAUGAGCAUAACCAUAGCCUUACAAUGCCCAAAGCUUCUCUUAGUCAAGAAAAAAACUUAGACCCAACUUCCCCUGAAUUACUUGAGAUUGGUUUUGAUAACAUCAGCUGUGAAGACCUGGAAUCACCUUCUCUUCAUCAUUUGGCAAAUAAUGGUAGCCUCUGUAAGACUUCACCAAAAGGGAGCAAAACUGGCAUAGCUGGAAGGCCCUCCAAGUUCCUUAUCUUUCCCAAAAUGGCCUCUUUCAAGAAAAGUAAAACUCCAGGAAUUGAAAAUUUUCUAGGUAGCAGCACCCGCAUCAGCAAAGUGAAGGUAGAGGACCCAGAUGUCAGUAAAGAUGAUGGGGUACAACAGGGCCCUCAGGCACUGAAUACCGACUUGUCCAAUAUGAUCACCCCAACCAAGGAGAGCUGCACCUUGGAAUAUUCAGAUGAUGAAGAACUCAAUGAGAAACAUCCAUUUAACAGAGUUAGUUUAAGGAGGGCAUCUGGGCUUGGCAGGAUUCUUUUGGAAGACUUAGAUACAAGUAUUCCCUAUGCAAAUGUAAAAUGCGAUAGGGAAGGGGGAGGAGAAAAAGGAGGUAAGUUAAGCUUAAUAGAAAAUAAUGACAUGGAAGUAUCAGAAGAUUUAGCUACCAGACGGCUGUCCUCCGAAAGCAAUGAAUCAAAACGAUUCAAAACCACGGAAAAAAAAAUCAGGAUGAGGUUGGCUCUUGCUCAUAAAUCCUUUUCUAACUUCUUUGAACCCAAAGGUCUGGAGAAGGAGAAUGCUGACCAUAGUUCUAGAUGUUCCCUUAAGGCUGAAAAGGAGAAGACCAAACUCCGCCAAAGCUCUUGGAAAACACUACUGAAAGGCAGAGAAAGUGAUGGAAUGAGAAGGCCGGUGGUACCCAGCCUGGCUCAGCCUCGGGAAGUCUUUCGCUCCCCUAGUUGUCCCCUACAAGGGGUCAGUAAUGAGAAUGGGAAACUAUCCAAGGACAGGGAGGAGCAGUCCAAGGAGCAGACAUUCCUAGGUGCUCCCUUUGUCCCUCUGCAAGUCCCCUACUCCACCAUGCAAGCCAGGGUUUUGGCGUCACCAGAUCAAAGGAGAAAAAGUGAACCGGCCAUCAAAUGUAUGACUUCCCGAGAGAGUGGAGAAUACCUGCAGACAAUGGUGGGUAGUCUGGCUGUCUCUCCUGAGGAAACCUGGCCGAAAUCACCUGGCAGCCCCCUGAUUCAUCAGGUCACAUCUCUUAGCUAUCCCUGCUCCCCCAUGUAUGACAACAAGGACAUGCCCUGCAAGCCCAUGAGUCCCAAACCCCAGAGCCCCAGGCCCAAUGCUCAGCGCAGAAGCUUUCAAUACUCUGGAAGGGUCAAUGCCAUCUCCAUGAUUUCUUUGGGGAAUUGCUAUAAUACAGAAGGCAAUGCUGAGGCACCUGAGAGGCCAAAGACUCUCAAACCCCGAGCUACUUUCCUACUUUCUUUGCAUGAUUUGGACCACGAGUGCCAAAAGGAAGAAGGUAGCACGAGCAUCUUGUCUCAGGGCAGCCUGACUGCAGCAUCCGCUGCUCAGGAGGUCCUGGAAAAUAAGGACCCUACCUUCCAAAACAACCCGCCGUCAGAAGGAAGACCAGGUGAGAAGCUGGUUUGCCACUAUGGUAAGAGGGUCCCUCCCACAGUGCCCACCCAAAGACCCUUCUCCACCAUUGAAAACAUCACCUGGACUUUCCCCUUCCUCUCUGCGGACAGAAAUCCCUCGGAAACAUCCUGCAAGACUACAACAAUGUCUCGGAACCACUAUGCCAGCCUUGAUGACUUGUGGCUGGAGAAGCAGCGGAAAAGGAAAUUUAAAAAACAGGCCCAUUUGGAGAGGGGGGUGCAUGCUGGGACGCUGCCAAAGGACCUGGUUAAAGCUCGCAUGAAGAUGUCCCUCACUUCCCCUGUGCCUUUAGACAUUCUUGCUCUGAAGAUACAACCAUUCUCUCAGAGUGCUCCAACCUGUUUGGACCACAAGUGUUGGAGAGAACGCAUACCAUUCUCUGUGAUUCCUGAUGGAGCCCUGGAUAAGUCAGCCCUUGGAGAUGAGCUGGGGAGUGAGGAGGAUCUGUAUGAGGACUUCCGAAGCUCCACUCAUCAUUAUGGCCACCCAGGAGGAGGAGGAGAGCAACUGGCCAUCAAUGAGCUUAUCAGUGAUGGCAGUGUGGUCUACGCUGAGGCACUCUGGGACCAUGUCACCAUGGAUGACCAAGAACUGGGAUUCAAGGCUGGAGAUGUUAUUGAAGUAAUGGAUGCAACAAACAAAGAGUGGUGGUGGGGACGGAUCCUGGAUGGUGAGGGCUGGUUUCCUGCUAGCUUUGUCCGGCUUCGGGUCAACCAGGAUGAGCCCAUGGAAGACUAUCCUGCUAAGGCCGAGGACGGCAAAGAAGCAGACGCUGGCAACAUGUCCCGGCGCCAAGGCACAGCCCAGACCAGCAAGGAUCAGAUGAGGACCAACGUGAUAAAUGAGAUCAUCAGCACUGAGAAAGACUACAUCAAACACCUGAAGGACAUCUGUGAGGGCUACAUCAAACAGUGCCGCAAGCGGGCAGACAUGUUUACAGAAGAGCAGCUGAAAACAAUCUUUGGGAACAUCGAGGAGAUUUACAAAUGCCAGAAAAAGUUUGUGAAGGCACUGGAGAAGAAGUUCAACAAAGACCAUCCCCAUCUAAGUGAACUGGGCUCCUGCUUCUUGGAAUAUCAAAAUGAUUUCCAAAUCUACUCAGAAUAUUGUAACAACCACCCCAAUGCCUGUGUGGAGCUUUCUAAGCUGGCCAAAGUCAACAAGUAUGUGUACUUCUUUGAAGCCUGCCGGCUGCUCCAAAAGAUGAUUGACAUCUCCCUGGAUGGUUUCUUGCUGACCCCUGUGCAGAAGAUCUGCAAAUACCCUUUACAGCUGGCCGAGCUGCUCAAGUACACAAAUCCCCAACAUAGGGAUUUCAAAGAUGUAGAAGCUGCCUUAAAUGCUAUGAAGAACGUAGCCCGGCUUAUCAAUGAACGGAAGAGGAGACUUGAAAAUAUAGAUAAAAUUGCUCAGUGGCAGAGUUCAAUAGAGGACUGGGAGGGUGAAGAUGUCCUUGCCAGGAGCUCUGAACUCAUCCAUUCCGGUGAACUAACCAGAAUCUCCCAACCCCAAGCCAAGAGCCAACAGAGAAUGUUUUUCCUCUUCGACCACCAGCUUAUCUACUGUAAAAAGGACCUUCUGCGGAGGGACAUCCUGUACUACAAGGGCCGAAUCAACAUGGAUGACAUGGAGAUUGUGGAUUUGGAAGAUGGGAAAGAUAAGGACUUUAACAUCAGUGUUAAAAAUGCCUUCAAGCUUCAUUGCAGCUCCACUGAUGAAAGCCAUCUAUUCUGUGCUAAGAAACCUGAGCAGAAAUUACGCUGGCUCAAGGCCUUUGAGAAUGAGAGGAAACAAGUCCAGCUGGACCAGGAGACAGGCUUCUCCAUCACAGAGGUACAAAAGAAACAGGCCAUGCUGAAUGCAAACAAACAGCAGUCCAGCGGGAAACACAAAGCCGUGAACCGGCCUUACUACGACUUCCUGAUGCGCCAGAAGCACCCCACGCUGCCCGCCAAUCUCCCGCAACAGCAAGUCUUCAUGCUGGCCGAGCCCAAGCGGAAGCCGUCCAACUUCUGGCAGAACAUCAGCCGCCUCACCCCCUUCCGCAAGUGACCGGCCGGAGGGGGGGGGCCGCUGCGCCGUGCCUCUACGCCCUCCCGCCCCCCACCCUGUCCGAGAAAGCACUUUAAGGAUCGGCCCCGAACGGACUCGUCCCCCCCCCCCCCCCCCCCCCCCCCCCCCCCCCCCC